AUGGCGCUCUACCCCUCACUCUCUCCUUCGUUGGCCUCGCUCCCGGGACUCUUGGCAGGCAAGAUCCACGAAGGCCUCAAGCUGCACCCAUCAGGCAAUUUCCUGAUCUACCCCCUCGGCUGCACUGUUGUUGUUGAGGCGGUUGGCGAUGCUGCCGAGCAGACGUUUUUGCAAGGACAUACCGAUCAUGUAUCCUGCCUUGCCGUCAGCAAGUCAGGCCGUUACAUCGCGUCAGGCCAAGUGACCCAUCCUGGUUACAAGGCGGAUGUCAUUGUCUGGGAUUUUGAGACCCGAACCCGUGUUCACACCCUAAGCCUCCAUCAGGUUGAGGUCAUUGACCUUGCCUUCUCCCCCACGGAGCGCUUCCUACUGACCCUGGGUGGCAUUGACGAUGGCUCGCUCGCCCUCUGGGAUCUGCAAACUGGCAAGGCUGUCGCGGGUCGCCCCACCAGUGACACGGCUGGGGGGCAUGCCAAGAGUGUGGCCUUUUGCAAUUCUUCUGACCUGACCUUUGUGUCAGCGGGCCAUCAAACAAUCCGCGUCUGGGAUGUGCAUCCUCACACGCUAGCACUCAACCCGGCCAACUGUGCCCUUCGCACCCUUCGCACCGUUUUCAACUCGGUCCUCAUCUCCGACUCGGACCAAAUGGCCUACUGCUGCUCUGAGCGUGGUGACGUUAUCAGCAUCAAUAUCGAGCACCGCGUGCUCAAAAACAUUGGUCCAGAAAAAACCAAGUUCUCCCUUGGCGUCCAGACUAUGGUGUUCCUUGAUGAUGGCCACAUGCUUAUUGGUGCCGGAGAUGGUACUUUGGCCGUUUUGACCACUGACACUUUCAAAGUUGUCAAAUCCACCAAGCUGGCCGAUGGCAUCUCUUCCAUUGCUCUGCAAGGCAAGAAAUGCUUUGUUGGCACACAAGGCUGCGACAUCUUUGAGCUCAACUUGGCCGAUCUGUCAGUUCAGCCACGCGUCAUUUGCGAUCCUUCGGGCAUCAAUGACGUUGAAUUUCCCUCGGAGAGCAGCGAGAUCUUUGUUACCUGCUCCAACAACUCGAUCCGCAUUUGGCACACCCCGACCGGCAAGCAGCUCAAGAAGAUUGAAGUGCCAGGCGUGACCUGCACAACCACUGCCAUCCGCGCCGAUGGCGCUCAAAUCAUCUCCGGCUGGACGGAUGGCAAGAUCCGAGCGUUUGGUCCCGAGACUGGCAAGCUACAAUUUGAGAUCAACAACGCUCACAAUAAGGGCGUCACCGCAUUGGCGAUAACUCACAACAGUGCCAUGGUUGUUUCGGGUGGUGGCGAUGGCCAAGUUCGCUUGUGGCGCGUGGGUCCAUCCACUCAGACUCUCAUUGAGACCAUGAAGGAACACAAAUCAGCCGUCCGGGACAUUCGCAUCCGCCAAGACGACUCGGAAUGCGUCUCUGCCUCGGCCGAUGGCUCUUGCAUUGUCUGGGAUUUGCAGCGCUUUGUGCGAAACCAAGUUCUCUUUGCCAGCACUUCCUUUGCCCAAGUGCGCUAUCACCCAGAGGAAGUGCAGCUCCUAACCGUCGGCUCAGACCGCAAGGCUCAUUACUGGGAGGCUUUUGAUGGCUCGCUGAUUCGCGAAAUCGAGACCUCGACAGCGGCGCUCAAUGCCCUGGAUAUAUCGUCCGAUGGCCUGCAUUUUGUCGUCGGAGGCGACGACCGCCUGCUCAAGGUCUUUUCCUACAAUGAAGGCGAACUGACACACAUCGGCCAAGGACAUAGCGACAACAUCACCGCCGCGGCCGUGGACCCCUUCCAGCGGUAUAUCGUCAGCGUUACCGCCUCGGGCUCCAUCUUCCGCUGGGCCUACCCCCACGAGCAGCUGGCGUAG